UCGUGCGGUUGGCUUGGAGUCCUUUGAUCCUGCUGGAAAACAGCAAGCAGAAUCGCUAGCGGAAUCGGAAUCGGAAUCGCGAGUGUUUUGCCGCCAAGUGUUGCAUUCGUGCUGCAAGUGAAUCGAAGUGAUGCUGAAGUUGAGUGAUGAGUGACUUGUGCUGAGCGAAUUUCUCGACAGGAUUCUCAAAACAUCCGGUGUCCGGACAGCUCAGCCGCAGGACAUGUGCAAUUUGGAGUUUCACGAAAAAUACAAGAUAGCCUGACUUGAUUGCCUAGAAAAUGCUUUGAAGAAGACUAGCUUUAAAGGAAAUAUCCGAUAAGACAACUUCAUGGUUUCCGGUCACUAAUCAAUCCAAUCAAAGAAAGUAAAGCCCAUAUAUUCAAAAUGCAAUCAAACUGCUGUCAAUAUCGUAUGCAAACCUGUGUGUUAAAUGUAAUUCUGCUUCUAAUCCUGAUGAGUCAACAAUGUAAUCCUCAGAGAGUGGAGGUGCCAGCGGAAGUCAUAGUUGAUCCCAAAUUUAGUUCUCCAAUUGUGAAUAUGACAGCGCCCGUGGGACGUGAUGCCUUCCUCACGUGCGUUGUCCAGGACCUGGGGCCUUAUAAGGUUGCGUGGCUUCGGGUCGACACACAAACUAUUUUAACGAUACAGAACCACGUUAUCACAAAAAACCAACGCAUUGGCAUUGCCAACUCGGAGCACAAAACCUGGACAAUGCGCAUUAAGGACAUUAAGGAGUCGGACAAAGGCUGGUACAUGUGCCAAAUCAACACGGAUCCGAUGAAAAGCCAGAUGGGCUACCUCGAUGUUGUGGUACCGCCGGAUAUCCUAGAUUAUCCUACGAGCACGGACAUGGUCGUUCGCGAGGGCAGUAACGUGACGCUCAAAUGCGCUGCUACCGGUUCGCCAGAGCCGACAAUUACAUGGCGACGCGAAAGUGGAGUGCCCAUCGAGCUGGCCACCGGAGAGGAGGUAAUGAGCAUCGAAGGCACCGAUCUAGUAAUACCGAAUGUUAGGCGCCAUCACAUGGGAGCCUACUUGUGCAUCGCCUCCAACGGAGUGCCGCCCUCGGUGAGCAAAAGGAUAACACUAGUUGUGCACUUUCCGCCGAUGAUCACUGUUCAAAACCAACUGAUUGGCGCUGUAGAGGGAAAGGGCGUCACUUUGGACUGCGAGUCGGAGGCAUAUCCCAAGUCGAUCAACUACUGGACCAGGGAACGCGGAGAGAUUGUGCCACCAGGUGGCAAAUACUCGGCGAAUGUCACGGAAAUCGGCGGCUAUCGCAACUCGAUGCGACUCCACAUAAAUCCUCUUACACAGGCCGAAUUUGGAUCCUACCGUUGCGUGGCGAAGAAUUCCCUUGGCGACACGGACGGCACAAUUAAGCUGUAUCGAAUUCCCCCCAAUGCCGUCAACUAUGUGGAGAACUUUGAGGCGCGGCACAAAGGCAAAAAGCGGACGAAAAGCUCGGAGUCGCAUCAUCCGGCCAGGGCCCAGGAGCACAGUGGCGAGGAUAUGGAAAAUCCGGGCAAAAGAAAAGCCGAUUUGAGUCUGAGUGCGGAGAGCAUUGACAGCAUUUACGGAAACUCCGCAGCUGGGACUCGGCGCCAGGACCUCGGCGGAGUGCUGCUCCUGCUCCUGCCACUGGCUGUGGCAGUGGCUGUGUCACUGGCGACGGCGGGAGUAAUGCGGGAAGCUCGGAUGACACUGCCGCCACAAACACUGACGCAUGUUUGACACAGACGCCGAGUUGACAUGGACAUGGAGUCAGUGCUAAAUCUGGACUUGCUGCCAGAGACGGAGCUGCAGCUGGAGCUGGAGCCAAAGUUGGAGCUAGAGCCACGGUCUGUGGCAGUGCAAUGAUGAUUGAGUUUGUCAAUGCCAAACGCCGCUUGGUGCUGAUUUAUGGCUCGUUGCGGCUGCUUUUAGUUAAAGUUCGUCGACGCGAAAUUACAUAUAUCAAAUCCAGCUGUAGCCAGUAAGCAAACUAGGCUUCCUAAAUCCUAAUUCCCAAUCGCGCGACUAUCCAGCAGUUGGAUUCUAGUUGGUUCGAGUUCAGCCUGCAGAGCAACCUUUGUAAAAUAUCGCAGUUUGCACUUCAAGUACGGCACAUGUAUAUAGACGAAUUACAACGUUUUUUGUGUAUAACUCUAGCAGAUAAAGAGAUCGGAGAUGGCAAGGGGCUAUGUAUUAUAACACUUGUAUAAACCAGAGGUUUGAUUUAUCGUUUCAUUUUAAAUUUAUUAUUAUUAGGAAAUCCAAGAGAUGUUGGAAGAUAUAAUUGAGUAAAUAUAAACCGGUAUACCUAACUAUAUCGUAAAACUGCUAAACAAAUUUAAAACCGCCAAAAGCUUAAUGUAAAAACAGAAAUAAAUCAAUAAGCUCAGCAGCUGGCUGUGUUUUUUUAAAACUAAAACCAUUCAAAAUGUUUUGAUACAUACCCAGCUUGUUUGCUCCUGAUAUAUUAUGAACCCAUUUAAAAUGUUUAACAAUAUUUGCCUCGUUCAACAAAAUACAUAUCAAUUAUUCAACAUUCUAAAAUUGAAAUUUGUUUAAUGCGUUCCCUUGUAUGGUUAAACUUCAACAAACAAUCCAUUAAUUUAUCCUACAUUUAAAGGUAAUAUAAAAAGUAUAGGCAAGCCGUAAAUUUAAUGCGCGAAUUAAUCUCACGAUUUAGUGCGGAUAAUGCUCCAUUUAAUAUAGCUAAAUGUAUAUUUCCAGACAAAAUUAAAUUGUUAAAUACAAAGUAUAUCGGUUAUGUUGAAAUCGCUAUCACACACACACAUAUAAACUUAUCAAAUACCAAUAUUAAUGAAUAUUUGUAAGCAUCACAUGUACAUGAAAGUGUAAGCGAAUUGCCGAAUCGACAGGUAUAUUUAUAAAAUAAA